AUGUCCGAGAAGCACAAGCUUGCUGUGGUCAUACAAGGCAGCUCAAAGUCGUCUGCAGAGUCUCUCAAGGAUGCCAAGAAGAAUGAGGCAAUCUUCGACGAGCGUCGUAGCAAGAACCUCCUUUGGAAGCUAGACCGCAACAUCGUGCCCUUCUUGUCCUUGUUAUAUCUUCUGUCCUUCUUGGACCGAAGCAAUAUCGGAAACGCUCGUCUCGCUAACCUGGAGUCGUCGCUCGGGAUGAAAGGACUCGACUAUAACAACGCACUAGCCAUCUUCUUCCCCUUUUACGUCGCCGCCGAAGUCCCCAGUAACAUGAUGCUGAAGCGAACAAAGCUCAGUUUUUGGUUUGCACUCAUUAUGGUUCUAUGGGCUUUGUCCACGAUUGUCAUGGCAUUCCCCAGCAUCAACUUCUAUAUCAUGACUUGGUAUCGUAGACAUGAAUGCGGCCUUCGCAUGGCAAUCUUCUUUUCUGCUGCUACCGCGGCAGGUGCCUUUGGGGGUCUGCUCGCACGAGGAAUCUCUGAAAUGACUGGUGUUGGCGGGCUCAUGGGAUGGAGUUGGAUCUUCAUUCUCGAGGGCAUCGUUACGUUUAUCGUCGCGAUUUGGGCCUACUUCCAAAUCCAUGACUUUCCUGAUACAGCCAAAUUCUUGACCGAAGAGGAACGCUUGGAAGUCCAUCGAAGGCUACGCGAAGAUCGUUCUGGUCUUGCAGAGGAAUGGCACAUGAAAUACGUCAUUCAAGCUCUCACCGACUGGAGAUAUCUGGAUUCAUAUGCUAAUCACUCUUGCGUCAGCCUGUUCCUGCCGACGAUCAUCAAGAGCAUGGGGUACAAGAACAGCAAAGCGCAACUCAUGACUGUCCCACCAUACGUCGUCGCGUGUGUCUUCACUAUUAGCGGAGGCUUUCUCGCCGACCAGUUCAAGCAGCGCGGUAUAUUCAUGAUCGGCUUCUGCUUGCUCGCCAUUAUUGGAUUUACCAUGCUCAUCUCCACAGAGAACGUUCAUAUUCAAUACGCUGGAACCUUCCUCGCCGCGAGCGGGAUUUAUGCCAAUAUCCCCGGAGGUGUCGCCUGGAACAGUAAUAAUAUCGGCGGAUCUACGAAGCGAGCCGUUGGUCUUGGCCUGCACGCAGCUUGUGCCAAUCUGGGCGGUAUUUUCGCCUCGUAUCUCUUCCAGAGCAAGCAAGCUCCACGCUACUUGUUGGGUUUGGUACCCUUCUAG